AGUCCUAAACUCGCUCCGAGUCCAAGGCCAAACCCGAGCCCAAAUUUUGGGUCUCGCCCGACUGGUAGUCCUUGCAUGAGCGAUGGAGCGUCUAGUUCCAACAGUCCCAAGUUGGGUGCCAAUAGCCCCAAGCUGGGCGCCAGUCCCAAGUACGGGAGCCCACGAUUGGGCGGCAGUCCAAGGCCGAAUCGUACCGCGGUAGAGGACGAGGCUGCGCUAGAGAGACUUCAGGUGGAACUCAAGGAAGGCUGGACGGUGCACACGGGGAGAGAUGGCAGACUGUAUUAUUGCAAUCACGUGACGAGAACAGCGAGCUGGCUUCCGCCGGCCGAGAGCUGGCCGUCGUCAAGUCGAAAUGGCAGCGGUAGUAGUUCGCAGGAACCUGAGGAUUACGAAGACUUGCCCUUUGGCUGGGAGCAGGCACUCGAUAUUAGAGGGAAGUCAUAUUACAUCAACCAUGUCAACAAGACUACAACGUACGUGGCUCCAGAGGGCUGUUCGUGUGAGUCUCCCCCCGCACCCCGCGAUGUGGUGUUGGAAAGGGACCCAGAGCUCGGCUUCGGGUUCGUCGCGGGCUCGGAGAAGCCUGUACUGGUGCGAUUUGUUACUGACAACUCGCCUAGUGUUGGCAAGCUGGAACCAGGAGAUCAGAUUGUCUGCGUGAACGGUGAAGAUGUCAGCAUGGCAGCGCGGGAGCACGUCAUUUCAGCCGUUCGUGCUUGCGCCGAACGUGUGACGCUCAGAGUAUGCCAGCCAGCAAGAAGUGGCAACCCUACCAGAAGAUCGGCGAUGUUGUCAGCGGCGAAAAGAGCCAGGUUGAGAUCCAGACCUCCAAGAGUCCGGUUUGCUGAUUCUGUGCAGUUAAAUGGGGCUCCCAUGUAUCCGCCAUCUGCCUUCUCCCUCGGAGAUCUAUGCCUACCGCCAAUGGCGAACGUCUUGAAGGUUUUCUUGGAGAACGGCCAGACAAAAUCGUUCAAAUACGAUACGACAACUACAGUGGCGGACGUCGUAACCAGUUUGAAGGAGAAGCUUUAUAUCACUGCAGAGGAGCACUUCAGUCUGGUUGUGGAACACGUGAAGAGCGUUAGAAGAAAUAAGUUGACGCUUCUGGACCCAAAGGAGUUGCUGGCAAGGAUCGCAGCUCGUCCAGGUUCUCACAAAAUGCGUUGUCUGUACCGCGUAGUCUUCAUGCCGACCUCAGCAGCAGAACUGGCCCAAAGAGAUCUCGCAGCCUUAGACUAUCUCUACCUACAAUGCUGCAAUGACGUGGCCCAAGACCGAUUCGCUCCAGAACUGCAGCCCGAUGUCGCCUUGAGGUUAGCUGCGUUGCACAUGCAUCAACAUGCUUUGGCGAAUAACGUGUCUCCUGGGAAGUUGACUGUUAAAGCUGUUGAGCAAGAGUUUGGUCUAGAGCGCUUCGUGCCUUGCAGCCUUCUCGAAAGCAUGAAACGCAAAGAGCUUCGUCGUCUCAUCGCACACUUUCUGAAGCUCAAUUUGCAAAUGACUGGCAGUCAGAAACAGUUGUCUCAGUUACAGGCAAAACUUCAUUACCUUGACAUUGUGGGUGGGCUGCCAAGCUACGGGGCCAAGUGCUUCAGCAGUACAAGACCUGAACGGGUGUUGCUGGUCUCACCCAGGUUCGGUCUCAGUCAGAUCGUCGGCCGGAGCAGCUCUGUGCCGCAAUCAAUUGCCUCGUUAGAAGAAGUAGAAGGCAUCAGAGUGAAGAGCGAGUGUCCAGGCAGCGCUGACGUCGCCAUUUUCUUGCAACGAGAUCGCGUCUUAGCUCUCUUGAUGGACGAGAGAGACGCCGCUGAGAUGCCCUUGGUUAUAGCUGGGUAUUACCGUCUUGCUACUGGACAAGAGCUGAAUGUUGAACAGGAAAGAGAGCCUUUGACUGAAGAUAUAGCUCCACCGUACCUGUCGCAGCACAACGUGAUCCCAGCUAAGUGGAGCUACCUGCACCAUGACGAUCCUCUUAAUCUCACAAAGAAACACUUCGCAAUCUUCACAAUGCCUCCGCCAUAUCAUUCUACACCAGAUCAGAAAUCCCUAGACACCAAUAUGAACUCAAGCAUCACUAACAGAAACCACAGCAAUAACAGCAGUCCAUUGAUUGGUUAUGACUCUAAUCACGGAUUAUUAGGUCAUGAUAUCCAUUUCGAAAAAUGUAAAAGAAACGAAGAUUUUAGGCUGUUCGAUCCUAACGAUUCUUGCUACUUAGACGACGGUAUGGGAUUCGAUCUUCAUAGCGUUCUGUCUAUGGAACUCUUAGAGAAUGCGGCGAACCCAAAACUUGUAGAGGCCAAGAACGACGAGGUGUUACGACGAGUGGCAGAAAUGCAGAAGUUAGUUGAAAACUCCGAACAAUAUUUGACUGAAAACUGUGAUGCUUACACUGAAGACUAUAAUGGAGUGAUGAGAGAUGAACUGGUUGGAAAAGAAACAUGUGUGGAUCAGUUAGAAAGUGAUACGGAGUCCAAUAACAGUCGGAUGUCCGCAGCUGAUGAUACACCUGGUAUCCUCAAGCACAGCGAUUCGUUGUUGCUACUUACGGAAACUAUUAACCAAGGGCUAAAUGGCCUUAGUAUUCCAGAAGGGGAGAAAGACAAUAACGCUAGUCUAAUCAAUAGACAGUCUCAAGGACUCAGCGCUAUAUUGAAUAACUGUGGUUUGACCGAAGCUUUACUAGCUUUGAAUAACGAUCUCCACUCUGAAAGUGACAACGAUUCACUGUACACGCCCACGAACAGUCCUAUACGAAAACACCAAAACAAAUCUUCCAAUAAUAAGAUAGCUAGAACAAGUUUUGGGUUGCAUAGUCCUGAUGCUACUUUAGAUGCUAAGGAAUCUAACUUAAAAGAAUAUUUGAAACAGCUCAGAGAAAAAAGCAGCAAAGAAGAUUCGAGGCCUGCAGAUUUCCCAUAUUACUACCAAGAAACUAUAGUAGAUAACGACCCCGAGCUUAUAGAUUUAACAUUGAUACCGCCCCCGCAAACCCCAGAUGAAUUAGAUAGUGCAACACAAGUGCCUCAAAUAUUACCCGUCGUACCGCCAUCGUUCGCUGACGACAAGGUAAAUUCACAAGAAAACUUAUGUAAAACCCCAAAAGCCAACGAUCUUGAAGAAUUUAUCGCAAAUGUUACUGUUCAGCCACCCACCGUAAAAGUAACACCCGCCAUAGAACUCACUCCUGAAGAAAUCAUGUCAUACAUCAUUCCACCACCGCCGGGGUCAAACUCCUCCACAUUAGAUAGAGAACCAGUCAGUUACGUGAAUCAAAGCCAAAUUCUUGAAGCGCAGAAAGAAAGAGAAAGGAAUAAUAUAAACGUGAAACCUUCCAAUGGUGAUGUAGUUAAAGGAACGCUUAGUGUGAGUGAGAUUAGGAAUAUGUUUGCAGCUAAGAGUUUAAGCGAAGCUAGAAAUAGUCUACUGUUAAGGGAUAAGAAUAAAACUCAAGCUCCAGCAAAAUGUGAUUCGCCAAAAGGUAAAAGAAAAAGCAUAACAGAAAAACAGUCAAAUGGCAGUGCACACGUUAUAGAGUACCCUACAGUUGAAAGAAAAGGUAUGUUUUCAUGUUGUAGUAAAGACAAAAGUAAAAAUGAUGACACUAGUGAUGAAUCGGAGAAAAUUGAGAGUCAAAUCCAAAACUCCGAUUCAAUGCCUGACGUCUGUGAGAUACGGCCGCCUCCUAGAAGAAAAAACGAGCCCAGAAAACCACCUGAACGACCCCCAAAAAAUCCACCCACACCUGCACCGAGACCCCGAUCAAAUUCAUUCACAUGCCUGAACAAUGAACUGACCGUUGUCGAAAUCACCAAUAACCAUUUCAGUACGUUAAACAACAGGAAGUUGAACUACAAAGUAGUUUGUGACAUCAACGAGCAAGGAGUUCCAGGUCCACCUCAGUUGCCUCCUCGGUUAGAGAACAGAGUUCUGUCACCUCCCCCUCCGUUACUCCUACCUCCAAAAAAACCUCCAUUACCUCCAGUUCCAAGCAUCGAAGUCUUACGGUUAAAAACUUCGCAGAAACAAUCACCAACUCGCAACCCUGAGCAGCGAUUGGCGAGCAUUGGUUCACCACACUUCCAGAGAAACCUAAAUACUUACCGAAACCUGGAAAACGAAAAUCGAUUAACAGACGAUGAAUCGCACAAUAUCAGGGCUACACAAAACUACAGCUCAAUGACUCUUCAGAACCGUCACGUGCGAUCAAACUCUGAAACGAAAGCCACAAUAUUGAAGAAUAAAGAUAUGUCAACGGCGCUAUCUCUCUGUUCUCCUCAAACGAACAGACGGUUUAGCAAUCGACCUGACAUUUUAAACGGUGCUCCUGGAAGUGAUCAGCGUGUCUUCAGUCCUCCUUUAUCGGAGCGCAAAGCUUUUAGAAGAGACAGUGCGACUCUUACUCCGAAGGUGAACCACGUGAGGUUCAAGGAUGAAGUAGUCGACCCUGACAUUCCAACACCCCCUUCGCCUCCGACAGUGAAGUUCCCCGAGUUCCAACCUGGUAACAACGGGCAUGUAUCGAUAGAGAACUUGCUGUGUAAGACGGAAGUGGCUGUGGAGGGUCUGCUGCAGAGACUGCACCAAGUUGCGCAAAAAUGUUCACAUCAACAUGCUCACGGUGGCGGAGAAGAUAUUGAUGAAGUAAAAUUUCAACGCGCACGCACCGAGCUAACGACAUGCGCAGUGUCACUGGUGGGUGCAUCACGAACUCUCGUCGGAGCCUUGGGAAGCGGUAAAGGCAGCAACGCACCUUCUGCUCUGGCAGACUGUCUAACGCCGUUACGACGGUUGUCAGAUUUAGCCCAGGCUUUAGGCAGACACACAUCAGCGCCACUCCAAACAAGAAACCUGGUGCUACGCGUGCAUGACGUCACAGCAGCUUUUAAAGACUUGGCUGGAGCAGAAAUGGCACAGAUCAUACACGAGCACAACGCCAAGAAAGACCAAAACCACGGCCAAGAAGAUUCCACCCUUGAAGGGCAAUUAGCUUUAAGAGCUGAAUGCUUAGCAAAUGUUCUAGCUACUUUACUAAGAAGUUUGAGGGUAUUUUCUCCGUAAUGGCACGCGCCAACUUUUGGCUUAGAUAACUUGUAAAUGGCUGCUUAACCAUAUAUUAUUUAAAAAAAACUAUAUACUAAACUGU